AUGUCUGUCAACAACUGCAGAACUCCUUUUGUUAUCGUCAACGCAUUUUCCGACGAUUCUUUUGGCGGCAAUCCGGCUGUCAUCGUAUUUUUGCCACAGUCGAGUCAAACGUCGAUCGAUAUCUCGUCGUCGGCUUUGCAGAAAAUCGCACACAGCUUCAACCAGCCUAUAGUAGUAUUCGUUGCACCUCCUUCUCCAGACGCUGAUGAUGGCAUCCUUAACGUACGGUUCUUUACGCCUGAGCUAGAAGCACCAUUGUGUGGCCACGGCCUCCUUGCUGCGACUAAAGCCAUCUGCGACGGGUACAUGCCGGGCCAAAAACAUAUAAAAGAUAUUCUGAAAUUUCGGAAUAUGAAUGGUACUGUAUUGUCUGCUGGCAUACUCUUGAAUGGCGCGGGAGCAGCGACACAAGGAGAAUGGUUUGAAUUAGAAUUACAGGAUAAUGUGGUAGAAGAAGUCUCGCCUGAUGAAAAGCAACGCUUGACCCAGAUAGUCGGCAAGGCAUUGGGUAAAUCAGAUGUAGUGGUCAAAUUUAUCGGACAAGGGGUCGGUGCGCUGGAUAGAUAUGUUCUGAUUGUGCUAGACGAGAAAGAAACGUUAGACGGAGCAAAGGUUGACACGGAGGCCUUGAAAGGAACGUUCCCGCGUGUUGUCAAUAUUUUGACCAGGGCUACACCGAACUCGGACACUGUCUUCGUCUCGCGCAUGUUUGCACCAUUAGCAGGUCUUCCAGAGGAUCCUGUCUGCGGAACUGCGCACUGUCUCCUUACACCUUAUUGGUCAACCAAAACACAUCAAGAAGGUCAAGACUUGCGUGUAAAACAAGUUAGCCCUCGGGGGGGAGACCUUUUGGUCAGAUGGGAGAAAGAGAGGGGCAUUGUGAAGCUGAGAGGGAAAGCGAUAGUGACCACUAGCGGAAACUUGCAUCUGUAA